GCACACAGCUCACACACACACAAAGGGCAGUGCAGUGCUCACAAUCUCCCCUUUCUUUUUUCCCUCUAAUUUACUCAUUCCUUAAUCUUCUUUCCCCUUCCCUUCUCCUUUCUCCCCUUCCACUUUUUCAAUUCAAACACUAAAUUUUCCUUUUAUCAAUCUCAAAAACCAAGCUUUGAACUUUCCCUUCUGCUCAAUUGUCUGGUAAGAAAAUUGGAAGCACUUUUUCCUGCUUAAAAUCCCACCAAAUUCUCAAAAGUCUCGGACUUUUGUGCUUUUUUUGCACCCAUAUUUCUGCUGAGUGAGUGGCUAUCUCAGAAGAAACCUGUAAUGCCUGGAUUGGAUCUGAAGCUUUUUACUUCAAGGAAGGAGCUUUACCCUAUGCUAUUCAGCUCAGGCAGCUCCUCAGCUCUCACUGCACUCUCUGCUGCAAAAUGCAGGAGACUGUAAGCCCUGCAGAGGUUGCAUUUUGGUUUUUCUCUGGUCACUUUCGUAGACUUUGGUCUUAACAGCUCCCCAUGAAGUCCUGUCCUUUUUUAGUUAUUCACUUCCUUUUUGGCAUUGCCAUUCUUCUUCCCCUGGUUUUCUCUGACCUGACUUCCGAUAGGCAAGCACUUAUUGACUUCGCUGACGCUGUUCCCCAUCGUCGAAAGCUUAGUUGGAACCCUGCUACCCCUGUCUGCACAUCUUGGGUUGGCAUCACUUGCACUCCAAAUGGCACCCGGGUUAUUUCCCUCCGACUUCCUGGAGUUGGACUGUUGGGCUCUGUCCCACCAAACACCCUUGGUAGGCUAGAUGCCCUCCGGAUUCUUAGCCUUCGGUCUAAUCUCCUCCGCGGUGUCCUUCCUUCUGAUGUCACCUCCCUUCCUGCACUCCAGCGCUUAUACCUGCAACGUAACAACUUAUCUGGUGACAUUCCUACCUCCUUUUCACCUCAACUCAAUGUAUUGGAUUUAUCAUUUAAUUCCUUCACAGGCAACAUUCCAGAAACAAUGCGUAAUUUGACACAACUCACAGGAUUGAGCCUCCAGAACAACACCCUUUCCGGACCUAUACCUCAUCUCGACCUACCUAAGCUCAAGCGUCUGAAUUUAAGUUACAACCGUCUUAAUGGCUCUAUACCAUCAUCCCUUCAAAGGUUCCCCAAGUCAUCCUUUGUGGGAAAUUCACUUUUAUGUGGAGGGCAUCUUAAGCCUUGCUCCCUCGUCCUUCCUCCGCCACCUCCUACUUCCAAUCGACCACCACCAGUAGCUCCUCAUAAAAAGAGCUCCAAGAAAAAGCUCAGGUUGGGAUACGUCAUUGCUAUUGCAGCUGGAGGGUCUGUUCUGCUGUUGCUGUUAGGCCUAAUUGUAGUUCUCUGCUGUUUAAAGAAGAAAGACAACGGAGGAACUAGUGUAUUGAAAGGGAAGUCUUCUACCGGCGGAAGGAGUGAGAAGCCCAAGGAGGAGUUUGGGAGUGGGGUGCAAGAACCCGAGAAGAACAAACUAGUUUUCUUUGAAGGUUGUUCUUACAAUUUUGAUCUGGAUGAUUUGUUGAGGGCUUCAGCUGAAGUGUUAGGAAAGGGAAGUUAUGGUACUGCAUACAAGGCGGUCUUAGAGGAGGCAACAACAGUGGUAGUUAAAAGGUUGAAGGAAGUGGUCGUUGGGAAGAGGGAUUUUGAACAGCAGAUGGAGAUUGUGGGAAGAGUUGGACAGCACGCAAAUGUUGUUCCACUCCGUGCUUAUUAUUACUCAAAGGACGAGAAGCUUCUAGUUUAUGAUUAUAUCUCAAAUGGGAGCUUAUCUGCGCUUUUACAUGGAAACCGAGGAGGUGGAAGAACUGCAUUAGACUGGGACUCGAGGGUAAAGAUUUCCCUUGGCACCGCGAGGGGAAUUGCUCAUAUCCAUUCUGUGGGUGGUCCAAAAUUCACUCAUGGAAAUAUCAAGUCCACAAAUGUCCUUCUCAGCCAAGACCUCAAUGGGUGCAUCUCUGAUGUUGGCCUGACUCCUCUCAUGAAUGUUUCUGCCACUGCUCGGAGUGCAGGCUAUCGCGCUCCAGAGGUGAUUGAAACCCGCAGGCACUCUCAUAAAUCAGAUGUGUACAGCUUUGGUGUCGUCCUCCUUGAGAUGCUGACUGGAAAAGCUCCCCUCCAGUCACCGGGGCGUGAUGAUAUGGUUGAUCUUCCUCGGUGGGUCCAGUCCGUGGUCAGGGAGGAGUGGACCGCAGAGGUGUUUGACGUUGAACUGAUGAGGUACCAAAACAUUGAAGAAGAAAUGGUUCAAAUGUUGCAAAUUGCAAUGGCGUGCGUGGCCAAGGUUCCGGAUAUGAGACCGAGCAUGGAAGAAGUUGUUAGAAUGAUUGAAGAAAUCCGGCAAUCAGACUCAGAGAACCGGCCAUCUUCCGAAGAGAAUAAAUCAAAGCACUCAACUGUGCAGACUCCUUGACCGCUCAAACUUGUUUUAUUAGGAUCUGAGAAAUUCAAGAUAGAACUGUACAUUUUUUGUACAUGCCUCUUAAGGUUUUCCCAAGCAUUAUUCAAUUACAUGCAUGGCUUUGUAGAGUGGCAAUUUAUGAUCAGUCCAAUUGUGAGAUUUUUCUAAGUAGUUUAGGUGGGGUAUUUUCUUUUCUUGAUUUGUUGUAAUAUUGAAUUUUAACAUAAUGAAUUAAUCGACGAUCUUUGAUAAUUCAAUA